AUGGAAAUUAUUUCAUCAAAACGAUUCAUUUUAUUGACUUUAGCCACUUCAAGCUUGUUAACAUCAAACAUCUCUUGUGCAGAUGAAUUAAUGGUGACCCAUCUUCACAGCAAAGGAAAUUAUGACAAAUAUUCUGAGCCUAGAGGAACCCCAAAAGGGGAAAAUGAAAGAAGUAUCAAUUUUCAAGAACUAAAAGAUUGGAGACCAAAAAAUGUCAUUAAGAUGAAUACACCCACAGCCAACAAAAUGCCACACUUGGCAGCUAACCUGCCAUUGAGAUUCGGGAGGACCAUGAAAAAAGCAAGAGGCCCUGUGGAGAAUGUCAACCUGCCUCUGAGAUUUGGAAGAAAUAUGGAACCAAGCAUCUUGAGACAUGUUCCUAACCUGCCCCAAAGGUUUGGGAGAAUAACAACAGCCAAAAGUGUCACUAAGACAAUGAGUGAUUUGAUCCAAGAAUCCAUGCAUUCACUGCCUCCCAGUGAGCUACUUUACUCCAUACCCUGCCAGCACCAAGAACUCCAGCAUCCUGACCAAAAACAACCAAGGAGACUGAUAUUCAAGGAAAAAGAUGAUGCAGAAGGAAAACAAUAA